AUGUCGUCCAGCAAGGCGAGCCGCUUAGGAGAAGAGAUUUGGAAGACUCGGGUUGACAAGGUCAACGCCGAGCUGGUAAUUCUGACCUAUGGCACGGUCGUCGCACAGCUUUGCAAGGAUUUCGAUGGGGAUUAUGUUGAAGUCAAUAAGCAACUCGACAAGAUGGGAUAUAACAUUGGCCUUCGCCUCAUCGAGGAUUAUCUUGCGAGAUCUAACACAAUGAAACGGUGCUCAAAUUUCAGAGAGACGGCGGACAUGAUUUCAAGGGUCGGAUUCAAGAUCUUUCUCAACAUCACCCCCAAGUUACCAACUGACCAACGACAAUAA